CUCUCUACUAUCUCCAUUGCCAAAGAAGAAGAAUGGCUCUUCGUCAUGGGAUAAUGAUCUUGUGUCUUCUGUUCGUAACUAAGUGUGGCUAUGGCAAUGGAUUGGACGAAAGCAAUGUUGCUGCUCACAUUGAGCGCUUCUUCAGCAUUGAUGAUUUAGGCGUCGGAAAACCUUUCACGGUCAAGCUUAAAGUUGAUGGCACUUCCUCUUCUUCUCAUUUGUUGUCCAAAGAAGAAGCCGAUUCAUUACCUUUCUCAUUGUCUGAGCUCCCAAAUAUUCUUCAACUCCUCUCAAUCCCGCGAGGUUCUACUAGAGUUAAAGCAAUGCAAGAUACCCUCAGAGGAUGUGAAUCCGAACCCAUACAAGGAGAGGCCAAGGCUUGUGCAACCUCUGUCGAGUCUUUACUCGAAUUUGUACACACCAUUUUUGGACCGAAGACUGAGGUCAAGGUCCUAACCACGACACACGAUGCCAUGUCAAUCGGGAAUUCAAAUAGGUAUACUAUCAUGGAUUUCAAAGAGAUUCCGAUUCGAAAGCUGAUAGGGUGUCAUCCGAUGCCCUACCCUUACAAGGUUUAUCAUUGUCAUCACCAAUUUGAUAGUGAAACCAAGGCUUUCCGGAUUUUACUAAAAGGUAAUGAUGGAGAUAGGUUUGAUACUUAUGCUGCUUGUCAUAUGGACACCACGAAUUGGAAUCCAAACCACAUUUCAUUCAGAGUUUUAAAUACCAAACCAGGCUCCUCCCCGGUGUGUCACAUCUUCCCUGAAGGACAUCUUCUUUGGGUUCAGCCAAAAUCAAACAUGGAUCAUCUCUAGAAUCUACCAUAUUAAAUUGCUUGCAAGGAAAUUAAUUAUGUAAUAAAAAUAAAUAAACCUUGUGUUGAUUCAUGUGCUUAUAUGUUAUGUUUAUGUAUUGAAGCUGUGUCAUUAUAUUUAUCAAUCUAUCUAUCUA